CCUUUCCCAGACCUUGGGUGAAUCCCUUUACUGCUUCGUUUCUCUCCGUUUCUUCUUCUUUCAACGCGUUCAUCGAGUCCAUCGCCAACGGCACGUAUUUGGGUUGGAACAAAGCUCUGGAGAUAAUGAUCAACGGCGGUGGAGAAGCCGAGGCUUUGGGAAAUACAGACAAAGUGACCACCGUGGUUCUUUUGGGGUGGCUUGGGGCUACACUGGCUGUUACUUUUCUUGUUGAACUCAAGGAUUUGCUGUGCUUGGAUCCGGUUUCAAUGCUUGACCGACGUAUAGCUGAAUUGGCAAAUGGGUUGGUCACUUGGGGUUCGGAGAAAGAAGAAGAUGGUCGUGAAAGGUGCUUUAUUUUCCAUACUUUUAGCAACACUGGCUGGCUUGUAUAUGGUUCAGUGAUUGAGCGUUUUCAGAGAAGAGAAGGGUUGAAAGAGAUGAUUGAAGGAGUAAUUUUUGAUUCAGGAUCAGCUGACCCUUUAAAUUCCAGGUGUUUUUAA